AUGAUUUCGGGUUGUAGUGUGGAUUUCUUCAUCAAUAUUCUGCUCACGAUCCUAGGAUACUUCCCGGGUCACAUCCAUGCUUUCUAUCUGGAAUACGUCUACUAUCACAACCGCAGUACGGACCCAAUGACACGGAAGCGCGCUCCCGGGGUGUAUUCGCAACGCAUUCUACAAGGACACGAUGAAAGAUCAUAUGGGAGCACUGUUUGA